AUGGCCAAACUCUGCUUGCCUUUUCUUUUCUCAUUGCAGGUUUGGUUACAACCUGCUGUCUGCGACUCAAUAGUCAAGUUUCUUCCUGGGUUUCAGGGGCCGCUUCCCUUCCACCUUGAAACCGGAUAUGUUGGUGUGGAUGAAGCAGAGGAUCUGCAGCUCUUCUACUACUUCAUCAAGUCCCAGAGGAAUUCUAAAGAGGACCCUCUUUUGCUUUGGCUAACUGGUGGCCCUGGUUGCUCUUCUUUUACCGCUCUUGCUUUUGAAAAUGAUUUGCCUGUUCCCACUGGAUUCUCCUAUGCAAGAUCUCCGGUUGAUUUUCAGAGAAGCGACUUUAAACAAGUUUCGCAAGCUGUCCAAUUUCUUCGAAAGUGGUUAAUGGAUCAUCAAGAAUUCCUCUCAAAUCCAGUCUACAUUGCUGGUGACUCCUACUCCGGCAAGAUCGUCCCAGCUGUUGUUCAAAAGAUUUCUAAUGAGUCUAGCUGUUUUGCAGGGAACAAUAAGGGUAUCAAACCACCGAUAAAUCUCAAGGGAUACCUCCUAGGAAACCCUGUUACUGAUCCUACUUUUGAUGAUAACUCAAAGGUUCCAUUUUGUCAUGGAAUGGGACUUAUUUCUGAUGAACUCUACAAGUCAUUGAAGAAAAGUUGUCGAGGAGAAUAUCAAAUGAUAGGCCCGAACAAUACAGAGUGUUUGAAAAGUGUAGAUGCUUUUGAUAAGGAUUAUAUACAACUCCUUGCUACUUAUUGGGCCAAUGACGAUAAUGUCUGGAAAGCACUCCAUGUGCGAAAGGGAAGUAUAGGGGAGUGGCAGCGAUGCGAUUAUAAAUUUCCUUACACUUAUGAAAUUCAAAGCAGCGUUAAGUAUCAUGCAGACCUUGGGAUAAAAGGUUAUCGCAGAUUAAUCUACAGUGGCGAUCAUGAUAUGAUGAUACCAUUCUUGGGAACUCAACCAUGGAUUAGAUCUUUAAACUACUCUAUUGUUGAUGACUGGCGUCCAUGGCACUUUCAAGGUCAAGUUGCAGGAUACACGAGGACUUACUCUAAUCAAUUGACAUUUGCCACUGUGAAGGGUGGAGGCCACACAGCUCCCGAGUACAAGCCCGCAGAAUGUUUUGGCAUGUUCAAAAGGUGGAUAAUUCAAGAACCCCUGUAA